AAAAAAUAAUAGAAAAUUUUCAGAAAAAAUAAAAAAAAUUAAAAUACAGAAAAUACAAGUUAAUUAAAGGAUUAAGACAGAGAUGUCGACUGAAAUAAAGCCAGCAACGACUACCACAGGACGUAACAAUGAUAGAUUCAAUACAAGCAGAAAGGCUGAACUUUUAAAUAAGAUUGAAGGAAUUCAAGAUGAUAUUAACAAAGCAAUAUUUUUUGAUCAAGAAGGAAUUAUCAGCGUAUCCGAAGACAAAACAAUUCGCGUGUGGUUAAAAAGAGAUUCUGGAACAUAUUGGCCAUCUAUAGUAAAUUUUAUGCCUUCACAAUGUUCAGCUUUAGAGUAUGUACCAGAGAGCCGAACAAUUUUUGUUGGACAAGAAAACGGGACUAUAUCGCAAUUUGUAGUUUCUGAAGAUUGUAAUAGAUUAACGGCUAUUAAAGAAUAUCUUGCACAUAAUGCACGAAUAACUUCAUUGAUUUUCGCAAAAAAUUCUGGAUGGAUUUUAAGUGCGUCUCGUGAUAAGACAUUUGCAGCACAUUGCAUAGAAACAUCUAAUAAAAUUGGAGGCUAUACAUUUGAAGCUUGGUGUACUUCAAUGCAGUUCGAUUCCUUAUCAAAGCAUGUAUUUAUUGGUGAUUAUGCUGGACAGAUUACAAUGUUAAAACUCCAACAAUCUGGUGCAAGUUUGGUAACAAUAUUGAAAGGACACACAGCAAGUGUUCGAUCAUUGUACUGGUCUGACGGUCCUCAGUUGCUAUUCAGCGGAAGUGCUGAUAAUUCGGUAAUUGUUUGGGAUCUUGGUGGAAGAAGAGGAACCACUUAUGAAUUACAAGGUCAUCAAAAUAAAGUGUCUGCAUUGGGUUAUGGCAAAAGUACACAGGAAUUGAUUAGUGCUGGUGAAGAUAGUGUAAUUGUUCUCUGGAAGAUAAACUGUAUGAGAAAAGCAGCGGCUGAUUGGGUUGAAUCAGAUACCUGUCAACUCUGUGCAAAGCCAUUCUUCUGGAAUAUAAAAGCGAUGUUUGAACAAAAAGCUCUCGGAGUUAAUCGUCAGCAUCACUGCAGGAAUUGUGGAAAGGCAAUUUGUGAUAAGUGUUCACCGAAUAGAAUCAACAUUCCAAUUAUGGGCUUCGAAUAUGAUGUGAGAGUUUGUAAUACAUGCUAUGACACCCUAAAGGACACUGAUCGUCCAUCUUUGGCUACUUUUCUUGAUGCAAAGCAUUCAAUAGUAUCAAUAGAUGUUGAUGAAGAUAAGAAGCAUGUUUUGACUGUUGGACAGGAUCGUGUAAUUAAAAUUUGGGAUCUAUCUAAUCUAUGGUAGGUUUUUAUGCUCUUCCUAGUUUAGGCGUUUCGCUAAACGUUUAUUUGGGCCUAAUUUCAAUAUACAGUGACAGUUUCAUCACAAUAAUUCUCAUAUCUAUUAUUUAUCUAUGUAAAUCAUAGAUCAUUAGCUAAUGUGUCAAUGAUAUUGAAUUCUGUUAAUCCUAGUGAAUUUCCAAAAUUUAUCAAAUACGUUAUAAUUUUCACUUAAAGAAAAUCAAUUAAAUUGUCUUAUUCGCAUUUAUUGAAUUGAAAUUUCCCAAAUUACUGCUUAUUUCGUACU